CCAAACACGCCGUUAAAGUUUGCCCCCAUUAAUGUUGCCAGAACCUUCCAUUAUUAUUAUUAUGAACUCUGUGCAAAUAAAUUCUUCAACUCAUCGGAGUUGAUUUUGGGGAUUUUUUGGAGGUCUGUUAAUGGCGGAUAAAGUGAAGCAGAUUCUGGCAAAGCCGAUCAAGUUGGCGGACCAGGUGAGCAAGGCUGCGGAGGAGGCGUGCUCGUUCAAGCAGGAUUGCGCCGAGCUGAAGUCCAGGACGGAGAAGCUCGCGGCGCUUCUCCGCCAGGCCGCGCGGACCAGCAGCGAUCUCUACGAGCGGCCGACGCGCCGGAUCGUCGACGACACCGGCCAGGUCCUGGAGAAGGCUCUGGCCAUAGCCCUCAAGUGUCGCGCCCACGGCGUCGUCAAGCGCGUCUUCACCAUCAUCUCCGCCGCCUCCUUCCGGAAGAUGCAGUCGCAGCUGGACAACUCGAUCGGCGACGUUUCGUGGCUCCUCCGCGUCUCCGCCUCCGCCGACGAGCGCGUCGGCGAGCACCUCGGUCUCCCGCCAAUCGCCGCCAACGAGCCGAUCCUCUGCCUCAUAUGGGAGCAGAUCGCGAUCCUCCACACCGGCUCGGCCGACGACAAGUCCGACGCCGCGGCGUCGCUGGUCUCCCUCGCUCGCGACAACGACCGUUACGGGAAGCUGAUCGUGGAGGAAGGCGGAGUGGGCCCGCUUCUGAAGCUCCUGAAGGAAGGCAAAGUAGAAGGCCAGGAGAACGCCGCUCGAGCAAUCGGGCUGCUGGGACGAGAUCCGGCCAUCGUCGAGCACAUGGUUCACGCCGGCGUCUGCCAGGUGUUUGAUAAAAUGCUCCAAGAAGGGCCAAUGAAAGUUCAAGCCGUUUUAGCCUGGGCUAUAUCAGAACUAGCUUCCCAUUUCCCUAAAUGCCAAGAUCUCUUUGCCCAGAACAAUGUAGUCCGCUUACUGGUUGGCCAUAUCGCCUUCGAUACCGUCUUGAAUCACAGCAAGUAUGCCAUUCCCAGCAAGGCGACUUCCAUUCACGCUCUGGUUUUAGCCAGCAAUGAAAAUUCUCUCAACAAAAACAAUGCCCGGAUCAACGACAAUGGUGAUGAAGACCAUAAAAGCAGAAUUGCUCAUCCCAUGGAGAACAACAGGAAACAAACCCAGAAUCAUAAUGUCGUCAUGAAUACGUUGGCAAUGAGAAACACGGCUAAGAAAGUUCAUUUCAGCAGUCAUCAUCAUUACAGUCAUGCCAGGGAGCUUGAAGAUCCGGCAACGAAGGCUUAUAUGAAGGCGAUGGCGGCAAGAGCAUUGUGGCACCUAUGCAAAGACAAUCCCCAAAUUUGCCAUAGCAUAACGGAGUCUAGAGCUAUGUUAUGCUUCGCGGCCCUUUUGGAGAAAGGGCCGGAUGACGUCCAGUACAACUCUGCCAUGGUUGUGAUGGAGAUCACAGCUGUGGCAGAAAAGGACGCCGACCUGAGAAGAUCGGCGUUCAAGCCGAGCUCUCCAGCAUGCAAGGCGGUCGUCGACCAGAUGCUGAGAAUCAUCGAGGAACCCGUCCCGAAUCUCCUCGUGCCUUGCGUCAGGACGAUCGGGAAUCUCGCGAGGACGUUCCGGUCGACCGAGACGAGGAUGAUAAGCCCCCUAGUGAAGCUUCUAGAAGAUCAAGAAACCGAGGUUUCCAACCAUGCCGCGGUUUCUCUCGUGAAGUUUGCGUGCACGGAGAACUACCUUCACAUGGAUCACUCCAAGGCGAUCAUAGCGUCGGGCGGGGCGAAACACCUGGUUCAGCUCGUCUACUUUGGCGGGCCCGCGGUCCGGGGACCUGCAUUGGCGCUGCUUUGCUACAUCGCCAAGCACGUCCCGGACUGCGAAGAACUUGCCAAGGCAGAAGUUCUAAUGGUUCUCGAGUGGGUGGCAAAGCAGCAGGGUUUCUUGGUUCAAGAUGAGAAGGUGGAGACAUUGUUGCAAGAAGCUAAGAGUAGGGUGGAACUUUAUCAGUCCAAGGGCGUAUCAGGGUUUGCACACUACUAGGAAAUUUUUGAACAUUUUUUUACCUCAAGCUUUGAAAAAUGUUUUUUUCUUCAAUUAAGGUUCCUCAUUGAAUGGUCAUAGAUUAAAUUUAAGAAGAAUUUACCUAAAUAGCACUAAAACAUAAUGAUUUUUUCUAAAUAGCAUUAUUUUUUUUUCAAUGUAGCACUUUUAGUCAUUUUUUGUCAUUUUAGUCAAAUAAAGUUACGUCACUAGGACCCUAUGCAGUAGCUUUAUAAGCAUUUU